CCCCCGAAAAAUUCUCGCAUUUCCUUCAUCUUCCAGUGGAGGGAUGCGAUCUUGCUGCAUCUUCCAUGAAUUCCUCACCUCCGCUACGAAGGAUCCCUGUCGCGUUGCCAUUGUGCACGCCGGUGGUGGUCUACAGUUAUUCAGGGAGUACCGUACGAGGCUAAACGAGGCCUCUUCCUCCUCCAAUCCCGUCUCCAUCCCCACUCUAGACCUCAACUUCGAUGCUGGUCACAUAUCCUCCUCUCCUCGAUUCUUUCCAGGCGAUGAGUGCUUCACUUACGGUGAACUCCUCUCCGCGGUUGAUUCUCUUAGCCGUCGCAUUCGCUGUGAUCUAGACGGUGGUAAUGCCGCCCACCUUUUGAACCAUCCAGGUUAUGGGCCCAUUUCUCCUGAAGGUCACCUUGACGAAUCGUAUAUGUUAGGCCUUCCUUCCGUGAGUUAUAUGCCUCAAAUAGUAGGAGUGCGAAUUGGCCCGUCCGUAGAAUAUAUUGUUGCUGUCCUGUCUAUCUUAAGAUGCGGGGAGGCCUUCUUGCCAUUGGAUCCAUCAUGGCCGGAGGAAAGGAUACUUUCUGUCGUUUCUUCUUCUAGAACUCGUCUUGUUAUUCAAGUGAAGGAUGAUUCCACGAUGAAAUACGGAGGGCGGCCAACGGGUGCUGGUGGUGCUGAUUGGGUUGAUGGGUGUGGCAGUUUGGUUAUAUACUUUUCUAUGAAAGAAAAGCUUUUGAAGAAUGUUGCCCAGGCUACAAAUUUAGUUUGGCCAUGUGAGAGCAACAGACAAAGGAAGUUUUGUUAUUUGAUGUACAGUUCCGGUUCAACUGGAGAGCCUAAGGGCGUAUGCGGUACAGAAUUAGGUCUUCUUAACAGAUAUUGGUGGAUGCAAGAUCAGUAUCCCAUAUCCCAGGAGGAUGUUUUGUUGUUCAAUACGUCUAUCAGCUUUGUUGAUCAUCUUCAGGAGUUCCUUGGUGCUAUUUUGGCGUGUGCCUUGCUUGUUAUUCCUCCCUAUCAUGAGUUGAAAUAUCCUGAAUAUACUGUUGAUUUCCUUAAGGCAUAUGGCAUUUCCAGGCUUACCACUGUUCCAUCUCUAGUGAGGGAGCUUCUUCCUUCCUUUGAUAUUUCACCGUGCGCACAAUUUAUUAAGUCACUGAAAGUAUUGGUGCUUAGUGGGGAAAUCUUAGCUAUAUCUUUGUGGAGAGACUUGCAUGAUCGUUUACGGGAGACCACCAUCUUAAAUUUAUAUGGAAGUACAGAGGUAGCUGGUGAUUGUGCAUGCUUUGACUGCAAAAACAUGCCAGAUAUUUUAGAAGCCGAAGUUCUAAGCAGUGUGCCGAUUGGAAAACCUAUAUCUAAUUGUGGAAUUGAUAUUCUUGGUGAACGAAGCAAAGAUAAUGUAGGUGAAAUAUGUGUUAGCGGGAUGUGCUUAUUUGCGGGAUACAUUGGUGAGAUUUAUCCCGGACAAACGUUAAAAGAUGAUUGCACGCAAUUGCAUUUUAAAACUGGUGAUAGGGCCAGACGUCUCCCAAGUGGUGAUUUUGUCUUCCUUGGCAGAGAAGAUCGUAUUGUUAAAGUUAGAGGACAACGUAUCUCUUUGGAGGAGAUUGAAAACGUGCUAAGGGAGCAUCCUGCCAUAAGGGAUGCUGCUGUGAUUGUUGAAAAUACAAACGGAGAUUGCUGCCAUGUUGAGGCUUUCUUUGUUGUUAGGGCAACUGAUGAGUGCUUGGAAGCGGCUGUAAACUGUGUAAAUAGAGAUGAUGAUGAGGAGUUGAUUGCUUCUAUCAAAAGUUGGUUGUUAAGAAAGUUACCACCAGCGAUGUUGCCCACCAUUUUUGUUCGAACAGAAAUGUUGCCCAAGACUUCCUCUGGAAAGAUAGAUUAUUCAAUGUUAAGAAGUUCAACAUACGCACCAAUGAAGCUUAGGAGGGAAUAUAAAAGAAACAUCUCUGACAAUCAUCGUCUGCAACUUGUCAAAAAGGCAUUCCUUGCUGCACUGCCUGUGGAAGAUGUGUCAGAUGAUGACGAUUUCUUCAUGAUAGGAGGCAACUCAAUAUCUGCUGCUCAUGUUGCAUAUAAUUUGGGAAUCGACAUGAGGUUGCUUUAUGUCUUUCCUAGCCCAUUUAGGUUAAUAAAAGCUUUGUUGGAUCUGAAGCAGAAUGGAGGUCUUUCUAAUACCGAUGUCAUGUUUGAGAAAACAUUAAGAGUGGACAAUAGCAUGCUGAGUUCGUUUGAAUUAACAAGAGAUAUUCGGAAUAACAAGUUACUUGGAGAAUUAGUGGAGGAAAAUGCUGGAAUAAGAAUUCAUGAUCUUGUGAAAUUAAAUGGGAGUCAGAUAACGAACCUGCCUAAAAAGAAUGAAAGAUUGACAUCUUGCGAUGAAUCUAAGAAAAUUACAUAUUUUCGUUCUAGUCCGUAUGGUGAUUUAUCAUCAAUUAUGGAUGAUCCAUGGCUAUCUAAUUGCGGACUUCCUAGGAGGUGUUCAUUUAGUCGUUGCAACUCAAUUAUGGUAGGAUCUGAAAGUUUAUUGAAACCCAAACUUCAAGGUUGCGUAUCUCUUGAAUUUACAAUGCAUGGAAGAGGCCAUAUACAAGAAUUGUGGAAGGUCUUGCUUGAGUCAUGCGUGGAUGCUUCGCCAGUUGUCAUGUUGAAAGAUGGCAAUGUUUUCCUUUUCAUUGGUUCCCAUUCACAAAUUUUUCUUUGCAUAGAUGCUUUCAGUGGAUUUGUGCGGUGGCAAGCCAUUCUGGAAGGACGUAUUGAAUGCUCAGCUGCAAUUACCGGAGAUUUCUCUCAGGUUGUUGUGGGGUGCUACAAAGGGAAGGUUUAUUUUCUUGAUUGCACCACUGGCAGUAUAUUGUGGUCAUUCCAAACCUCUGGAGAGGUCAAAACGCAGCCUGCUGUAGAUGAAGAUAGAGGCUUGAUAUGGUGUGGGUCGCAUGACCACCAUUUGUACGCCCUAGAUUAUAAAAGACACCUUUGUGUUUCCAAGAUUUUAUGUGGUGGUAGUAUUUACGGUUCUCCUGC